AAACUCAUCACAUCAGCCAACACCCCCAUCACAUCGCAACCAUGGGUUCCAGAUGGCCACCCCCCCGCGACGAGGGGCAGCGAUCAGGCUACAGAUCUUCUGAAACUUAUCGCCCGUCCCCUUCUUCCUAUGCACCACCCCCGCCCUCCCGACCCUCCUGGGACGCGCCUUACCAAUUCCGCGGCGACCCGAGAGCUGACGAUAACCGCUACAGCUCUGAUCGAAGAAACGACAACCGCUUUGACCCGUAUCCUGAUUCACGCAGAGAGUCUGGUCGUGACUAUGCGAGAGGCUCCGAUCGCGACUUCCGUCCACCGCAGGGUGAUUUUACCUUUCGCGCCAAUCGGCCUCCUGGUGUACAGGAGAGCUAUGAUUCGUAUAGAGGCCCGCCCCCUCCUCUUCGUGGCGACAACGACAGCUACAGGCCCGGCCAGUCUAGGAGACAAAAUGGCCCGGGAGGGCUUAGUAGACGUCCCAACCGUGGUGGCUUCCAGCGCAAUGGACGCGGUGGGAACGGCUUUCGUGGCAGAGGCGGCAUGCGCAAAGCCGCCGACCGAGAGUUCUUGCACAAAGAUUAUGCCAACGAAAAUGCUGAGGAUCUGUUGGGAGAUACUUCUGGACGCGCCACCUAUCGCGACCUCGAUGAGCUGAGCGAGAGUGACGAUGCUGCCAUGGACAUUUCAGGCGAAUCCGAAGGCGAAGGACUCGAGCCCGCUGCAAAGCGUGUGCGACUGGCCGACGACCCAGCCGCUCAAGAGGCUCCCAAGUGGUCUAACCCAGAUCCCUACACUGCCCUCCCCCCGCAGGACGAAACGCAACGUAAAAAGAAAGAUGUCGUGCAAAUGAUCAGGAAGGCUCGUGUUGAGGCGGAAGCGAAGAAGGAGGCUGCUGCUUCUGAUGCCGCAGAGUUUAUCUCUUUUGAUAUGAGCGACGACGAGGGCGACAGCAGUUACGUUGUAAAUGGGAGUGCUCACAAUGGCAACUCGCAAAACGGUCAAGGCGUACCAGGCGCGCCCACUGGGCCUAAAUCUUCCCUUACCACGUCAACUCUACCCUCGUCUCUUCCACCUCGCCCCCCGGAGAUUUCAAUCCUGCAAGGGCCUCCAGUGCAGCAGGACAAUCCUCCUCAGGGUAACCAGAGCCAAUCCUCCUCGGCUUCUCAACUUCCAUCGCCACCUAGCAAGUCUGCCAAACUCAAGGCACCCGUGGACCUGUCAGCCUCCACUAAUUUUGGUAGUCGAAAGCGAACAGCUGACGAUCAGAUCAAAGAGCGACCUCACCAGCCGUUGGUGAGAGGUAAGAAGAAGCCAGCUAAUGCUGGAAUUGACCCGACUUGGGCGGUCAGAGGUGAUGAAGAGGCGUGUCCUUGGGCCGUAAACGACCAUUCCUCUGAACCCAACAUGGGAGUCAGGCUACACAAGGAGCUUGUCGACUUCUUCCAGUAUGUUCGCCCUCGUGACUUUGAGGAGAAGAUUCGACAGGGCUUGGUACGUACACUUGCGAGUCAUGUUAAGCGUUGGCAAAAGAACGCCAACGUCAAAGCUUUUGGAUCUUUCAUGUCGGGCUUGUAUCUGCCUACGGCUGAUAUGGAUAUCGUGAUCUGCUCAGACCAGUAUAUGAACGGAGGUUAUGGAACCCUGUCUACCAAAUCAUCUCUCUUUAAACUAAGAGGUUAUUUGUGUAAACAAGGAAUCCCCCAUGGAAAUGACGUCGAAAUCAUCUCAGGCGCGAAAGUUCCGCUGGUCAAGUAUAUCGACGAAGCCACCGGACUUCGUGUCGAUAUCUCCUUUGAGAACCUCACAGGAAUCACCGCCAUUGACACAUUUAUGGCUUGGAAGAAGCAAUAUCCCGCCAUGCCCACAUUGGUCGCCAUCGUCAAGCACUACCUCUGUAUGCGUGGCCUCAACGAACCCGUCAAUGGUGGUAUUGGCGGUUUUUCCGUCAUCUGCAUGGUUGUCAACCUGCUGAACAAUUGGCCCGAGGUUCAGAGUGGAACCUUGAUUCCUGAGCAUCAUUUGGGUGAAGCUUUGAUGCGCUUCUUUCGACUAUAUGGCAUGGAAUUUGACUACGAGACUACAGCGAUCAGCAUGGAUCCGCCUCGGUUCAUCCCCAAGCACUCUGUCAGCAACAUUAUUUACAGAAACAUGGACCGUCUUUCGAUCAUAGACCCCAACAACCCGGAGAACGAUAUCGCGGGUGGAUCUGCGAAUUUCCCGAUGAUCCGUAAAAGUUUCAAGUCUGCGUAUGAUGUUCUACAAAAGCGAAUGACGGCACUGGCUCGAACCGAGAAUGAUGUGCAUGGUUACAGCACCAUCCUGGCUCCUCUGCUUGGCGGUAACUACAAGAGUUUCCGCGUCCAGCGAGAAUAUCUCCAGGAUAUCUUUGAUGGAAAGCCUGGUCCUCAUGGUGCUCAAGUGAGCCAAAGACGAGCACCGUAACAGGAUUCUUGCGCUGCGUCCCGCUUUUCUUCACAGUCUAUAAUUGCAAUUACUACGCCCCCCUUACCAUCAGAGUUUCUCAGACACUUGUCGGAACGAGGACCAUACAGGAGGAACUGCCUGUACAACGAGAGGGAAAUGGAACAUAUGGACUCGACACUUCACGACAUCGGAUACGGCGUUGGCGGCUAAACUCGUGCAUUUGCAGAUACCCUUUACUCUUGUUUCUUAUAUUUCACUAUCCCGAGAAUCUUCAUCGGCCUCAUGUACUAUAUCGUGAUGGGACACGAUCGGAUUCCGCCAUGUUCGUGGCAUCUGGUUUCGGACCCAUCAGCAUUUUUCCCUUGCUCGAGAGGCUCCAUGCAAAACACAUUUUCAUGGUUUACCGCCGAGUGGCAGGGGAACAUAAUCAAGACAACAUUGCACUAA